AUGGCCUUCACAGACCUGCUGGACGCUCUGGGCGGUGUGGGUCGCUUCCAGCUCGUCUACACGGCCCUGCUGCUGCUGCCUUGCAGCCUGCUAGCCUGCCACAACUUCUUGCAGAACUUCACAGCCGCAGUGGCCCCCCACCACUGCCAGGUGCCCACCAACCACACCACAGCUGCUACCAACCACUCGGGUAGAUGGCUGAGGGCCAACGUGCCCUUGGACCCACUUGGAGUCCCAGAGUCAUGCCAGCGCUUCACCGAGCCACAGUGGGUCCUCCUGAACCCGAACACCUCUGUCCCCGGAGCAGCCACGGAGGGCUGCAAGGACGGAUGGGUCUAUGACCGCAGUGUAUUCCCAUCCACCAUUGUGACAGAGUGGAACCUGGUGUGCGAGGCCCGCACCCUCCGAGACCUGGCGCAGUCUAUCUACAUGACCGGUGUGCUGGUGGGCGCCGCUGUGUUUGGGAGCCUCGCAGACAGGCUGGGCCGCAAGGCCCCCCUGAUCUGGUCUUACCUGCAGCUGGCAGUUUCAGGGGCCGCCACAGCGUAUUUUGGUUCCUUCAGCGCCUACUGUGCCUUCAGGUUCCUGACAGGCAUGACCUUCUCUGGGAUCAUCCUCAACUCCCUCUCACUGGUCGUGGAGUGGAUGCCCACCCGAGGCCGGACUGUGGCGGGUAUCCUGUUGGGGUUCUCCUUCACCUUUGGCCAAGUCAUCCUGGCCACAGUGGCCUACCUGAUCCGCCCCUGGCGAUGGCUACAGUUCGCCGUCUCGGCUCCUUUCCUGAUCUUUUUCCUCUAUUCUUGGUGGCUGCCAGAGUCAUCCCGAUGGCUGCUGCUUCAUGGCAAGUCCCAGCUAGCAGUGCAGAACCUGCAGAAGGUGGCAGCGAUAAACGGGAAAAAACAGGAAGGACAACGGCUGACCAAGGAGGUGGUGAGCUCCUACAUCCAGAGCGAAUUUGCAAGUAGCCGCACCUCCAGCUCGGUCUUGGACUUGUUCCGAACGCCAGCGAUCCGCAAGGUCACGUGCUGUCUCAUGGUGGUCUGGUUCUCCAAUUCCGUGGCUUACUACGGCCUGGCCAUGGACCUGCAGAAGUUUGGGCUCAGCAUCUAUCUGGUGCAGGUCCUCUUUGGGGUCAUCGAUGUCCCAGCCAUGCUAGUGGCCACCACUACCAUGAUUUACGUGGGCCGCCGGGUCACAGUGGCCUCCUUUCUCAUCCUGGCUGGGUCCAUGGUGAUUGUCAACAUGUUUGUGCCAGAAGAUAUGCAGAUACUGCGCACAGCCCAGGCAGCACUAGGUAAAGGCUGCCUGGCCAGCUCCUUCAUCUGUGUGUACCUGUUUACAGGCGAGCUGUACCCCACAGAGAUCAGGCAGAUGGGGAUGGGCUUUGCCUCAGUCAAUGCCCGCCUUGGGGGUCUGGCAGCACCCCUGGUCACCACACUCGGGGAGUUCAGCACCAUCCUGCCACCUGUGGGAUUCGGGGCCACAUCCAUCCUGGCUGGGCUGGCCAUCUGCCUCCUAACUGAGACCCGCAACAUGCCCCUGGUUGAGACCAUCGAGGCAAUGGAGAGGAGAGCCAAAGGGGGCCCUGCCUUGAAGGAUAUGGAAGAGAAGAGCGAAGAGAUUUCUCUCCAACAGAUGGGCCCUUCUGCCCUCAAAGAAACCAUCUAA